GACUGUAAGGAGAAAAAAUUAAAAGCGUUCUCCUUGUACAAGAGUUUGAAAGAAGUGUUAAAGAAAUAUGGUAUUAGUUCUGAUGGUACAGACACUAUUCCACUAUUCUCUAUAGACCCACGAAAUUCAAGACACCAACAAGCACUUCGAGCAUUGUAUGAAGAAUAUUUUGUUCAGGAUAAAGCAUUACGGGUCUUUGGAGACGCUACGAGAAAGGAAUUUAGUAUGAGGCCUGAAUACAAAAUAAUUGGUGAUGAAAGUUGUGGACGAGUCGAUUAUGCAAUCAAGGUAUGA